AUGUGGGGCUUUGCCUCUUUUAGACCUCAAAAUCGAGGGUCGGCCGGCAAUCAUCGGCUCCACGGUAGAGACAACGAGAAAUCAAAACCUAGAGUCUACCCAGACCAACGACACUACUCUGCAAGCCUGCAACUUCUCCAAAAUCCGACUGGCGACGGCAUCCUUCGGUCUAUUUUCCUUGGAUCAAAUUUAGCAACCCCUGCCUUGUACCUAUCCCAUUUGCCUUUGUUCAUCUAUAAGGCGCUAGUGCAUCUCAUCGAAAUUUCUAGAACUCCUGAUGGCCGGUCAGACCUCGCUUCCAAGAAUAUCUUGGUGCCAACCCUUAAGCUAUGUCAAUCCCUAUGUUCCCCUUCUUCUCGUCACUUUCUUUUGUUGUCCCUAAAGCUGCUCAGAAACCUGUGUGCGGGAGAAAUAAAUAAUCAGAACUUAUUUAUUGAACAAACUGGUGUUGGAAUUGUUUCAAAAUUCUUUAAUACUGUAGUGCUAGCUUCUGGUUCUGACUACGAGAUUAUUCGUUUGAGUCUGCAACUUUUGGGAAAUGUCUCGUUGGCUGGGGAAGAACAUCAGCUUGCUGUUUGGCGCCAUUUCUUUCCUCUUGAGUUUUUGGAAAUUGCUAAAUUUCGAAGCAAAGAAACAUGUGAUCCUUUGUGCAUGGUUAUCUAUACAUGUUGUGAAGGUAAUGAUAAGCGAAUGAUCGAACUGCUUACGGAUCAAGGGCUACAUAUAGUGGUGGAAAUUAUACGAACCGCAACAUUUGCUGGAUUUAAGGAAGAUUGGCUGAAGUUGCUUCUCUCAAGAAUUUGCCUGGACAAUUCUUACUUCUCUCCAGUUUUCUCUAAAUUAUUCCUGGUUCGUUCAGUUGAGAACUUAGAUGAUGAUAUAUCUACUGAUAACCACUUCGGAGGAGAGCAUGCAUUUUUGUUGAGUAUUCUUUCAGAAAUCUUGAAUGAGAGAAUCAUGGACGUGACAGUGUCCAAUGAUUUUGCUUUGUCUAUUCUUGGAAUAUUUACAAAUGUCGUUGGGGUUGUUGAUUUUGUUGAAACACCAAACUCUGGUCUUCCUACAGGCGUAGCUGAUGUUGAUGUUCUAGGAUACUCCCUAACCAUUUUGAGAGAUGUCUGUGCCUGUGGCGGUGCUGAAGGGUCCAAUGAGCAUGUCUUUGGGGAUAUUGUGGACGUGCUAGUAUCAUCUGGGCUUAUUGAAUUGCUUUUAAGCUUGCUUCACGACCUAGAGCCUCCAUUAAUAAUUAGGAAAACAAUGAGACAGAGUGAGAACCAAGAAGCAACAAUGUCUAGCUCAUCCAAGCAUUGCCCUUAUAAAGGAUCUGUAAAUGUGCCUGAAAUUGCUCAACUAGGUCUCCGAGUAGAAGUGGAUCCUGAAACACGACGUGCAAAGCUUGGGUCAGAUGGAGAAAUUAAGUUUAAUGCAAGUUCCAUGAGAUUGAAGAUAAUUUACUUGGUCAUCUAUUUUGCAAGUUGGAUUGGAGCUCCAGAAAAUGAUGACGUAGAUGCAAAUGGACGUCGGCAUGUCGCCCUAUUUGAAUACUAA